CUCUCACCGUAGUAACAGUCCCCUGGCAACGGACCAGAGUGCCAAUUAUUGCUAAAGUCCCCCAGGUUCUCCCAUCUCACUCUGUGUAUUGGUAGCAUCAGCAGCGCCGGGAAAGUUUAGAAGCUUCAUCGCAUCAGGGGAAAACGCCAUCGCUGACACAGGCUCUGACCCUGGCCAUAUAGGCUCCUUUGCAGGAGGACGGGGGCUCCAAACCUUCCUCCUGCUGGAUUAGUGAGAGCGAGAGAGAGAGAGAGCGAGAGAGCUAGAGAGAGAACGAGAACGAGAACGUGAGAGAAACAUAGAGGAUUCAGCAUGGGGUCCAGCUCCUCUUCCUACGCCCCAAAAACCAUCUAUUUGGACGUGGAUGGAAAGGUUCAGAAGGUGGUUUUCAGUCGGCAUUGUAGCCCAUGUGACAUCAAGGAGCUCCUUUGUUCCUCGUCCAACAUCCCCAGGAAUACUGCCAUCAUGAUGGUGGAUCCUGAAGGGGCCCUGGUGUCCAUAGACCCGACCAUGCCUACCAACUCUCCCAACUCCUUGUACAAAGUCAUUUCCUUGUCCACCGGUCAGCUCGGAGAGAAAGAAGACAUGUUUCAAAAUGUGUUAUCUCAGGUGGCAGAGCAGUUCAGCAGGGCUUUCCGAAUCAACGAGCUGAAAACUGAGGUGACCAACAGACUGGCCAUGUUGGAGAAAAGAGUUGAGUUGGAGGGACUGAAGGUUGUGGAGAUUGAGAAGUGCAAAAAUGACCUAAAGAAACUACGAGAUGAGAUGACAUCCAGAGGCGGAGGGAGAGUCGGGAACUGUCCCUGCAAGUACAACUUCUCAGACGACGGGAAGAAACUUAAUCCCAGACGUGACGUCCCAAGUUAUCCAAAGUAUACCUUAUCCCAGGAGACUAUUGAAGCACUGAAGAAGCCAACAUUCGAUGUCUGGCAUUGGGAACACAACGAGAUGCUGAGCUGCUUGGAGUACAUGUACCAUGACUUGGGACUGGUGAAGGAAUUCAACAUGAACCCCAUCACUCUCAAACGCUGGCUGCUGGGCAUUCAGGAGAACUAUCGCAGCAACCCGUUCCACAACUUCCGCCACUGCUUCUGUGUCAGUCAGAUGAUGUAUGGCAUGAUUAACCUGUGUAACCUGCCGGAGAAGAUGACUCUGACGGACAUGGGCAUUCUCAUGACAGCUGCAGUGUGCCACGAUCUGGACCACCCCGGCUACAACAACACGUAUCAGAUCAAUGCUCGCACAGAGCUGGCUGUGCGUUACAACGAUAUAUCUCCCCUGGAGAACCAUCACUGCGCCGUGGCCUUCCAGAUCCUCUCGCUGCCCGAGUGCAACAUAUUUGCCAACGUCGAGUUGGAGGCCUACAAGCAGAUCAGACAGGCCAUCAUUACCCUGAUCUUGGCCACAGACAUGGCCCGGCAUGGAGAGAUAUUAGACUCCUUCAAACAUAAAGUGGACAGCUUUGACUUCACCAAUGAGGAGCAUGUCACAUGCCUGAAGAUGGUUCUGAUCAAAUGCUGCGACAUCUCCAAUGAGGUCCGGCCAACAGAGGUGGCCGAACCCUGGGUGGACUGUCUGCUGGAGGAGUACUUCAUGCAGAGUGACAGGGAGAAGACUGAAGGGCUGCCGGUGGCUCCGUUUAUGGACAGAGACAAAGUGACCAAGCCCACUGCCCAGAUCGGAUUCAUCAAGUUUGUCCUCAUCCCAAUGUUUGAGACAGUCCUGAAGCUCUUCCCCCAGAUUGAGGAGAUCAUGGUGCAGCCUCUGAGAGACUCUAGAGACCACUAUGAGGAGCUGAAGCAGAUCGAUGACGCCAUGACAGAGGCACAGAAGAAGAAAACGGAAAAUAUGUCAUUAGGAGGGAAGAAGAAGUAAGCUUUGCUGCUGCUGUGAGCACAGUGGUACUGUGGCUCUGGCUCUCGUUUUAUGAUCCAAAAAUUCAAAAAGGUCGUGGGUCGUCCUGAUCUGCGUCUUUGAAGACAAGAUGGAGGGUGAAAAGAGUUAUCUUCUACACACUGAGCCAGCCUCAGACUACAUGAAACACCCUGGGUGAUCUCCACUGUUUUGUUAUGGACAUUACAGAAGGACAAUGUCUCUGUUUCAAUGUCCACCCUAGCAUACUACUUAGGAUGAAGUCAUGUAUCAGGGACAUUGGAAUAUAGCCAAUGUGUGUUCUUGGUGUAGUCUGUAUUUUUUUUCAAAUUUUUACUGUAAUUUCUGAAAGCUAAUUGGUCAUUGUAGGUAUCAAUUACUGUGUUCACACAGGCAGCCUAUUUCUGAUCUUUUUGCCCAAUAAUUGGCAAAAGAUCUGAUCGGAUUGAUCAAAAGACCAAACAUUUGGAAAAUUGGUCUGUCUGUGUAUACGCAGCCUAUCAUAAUUUCUGAGUGACAAUUGGUCAUUGUAGGUAUCAACAUGCCAUAUUUUCUGCUUUCUGUUUUUAGUCACACUUGUUGAUGUUGCCUAUAUUACAAAUAGCAACUAAGUUGUAUGCUAGAACACUUUCUUUUCCUUUUCAGUUCUCCUAUUCAAAUGCAAAACUGUUUCUGAAACCGUUUGAAUAAAUUGACUCUUGAUUUAAACAUGUCAAGUACACAGCAUAUUUUAACAUAAUUCUGAGGGUUAAACAUUAUUCCAACAAAUUCAACAAAUUAUUCCCCGGUGUGUGCACUGAAUUAAUUUACAUAAAUUCAUAUUUUGAGGUUUGUGUAUUAGCACAUCCAUUGUUGUGCAGUAUAUUCAUUCUGAGAUACAUGUUGUAAGUUAUUACAAAAGUGUUUCAUUACAAUCUAAAAUGUUAUUCUUAUAUUAUUUUUAGUUUUGCAUAGCACAUCCUACAUAAACUGUGUAAAAUACAGUACAGUUGUAAAACAAACAUCCUUUUAUAUUACAUUUGUCACCUAGUAAUACAUUCCACCAGUAUUUUGAAAAGGUACAGGUUAUUAAGAAGAAAUUAACAUGCACAGUAGUGUCUGAUUUUCAUCUCAGAAUGUAAUUCUCAUCGAAGGUUCAUGCGUCAUGCCAUUGACUCUUCUAUGAUUGGUGCAGGGAUGAAUGAACCAAUGGGAGGUCAAGCUCGGGAGUCUUUGAAAACGUAUGUACUUUACUUGAUAUCUGUAUUCUAUUGUUUAUGCUUCAUGCACAAUGCGGAUGGCCCUCGCUUACGCUUGGAUUUCCUACUCAUUGUCAUUUAGGAAAACCAUUUUAAGAGCGUAGUAGCCUAUAGCUUAAUGCUUCGACUGGGUAUGUGUUGAAACAGGACCUCUUCGCCAGUUUUGUUGUACCACCCCAAGUUAAAACAUUUCUCUUUAGUGUCCCUCCACAAAUAAGUGGGUGGUAUUCAACUGGUACAGUAGAUUUACUAGUGCCUGUUUUAUAACCUUUUUUGAUUGCAACCUGUUUCACAUUUUCAAGAGUGAUUAUUGUCCAUCUGUAAGACGAUACUUACAUGGUGAUUACACUUUUUAUGACCUACAUGAUUCGGAUGACAAUUGGAUGAUAAAGAUUACGGCCCCGAAGAAUCCAAAGAGAUAGGAUGUCAAUACUGACUUUAAUGUUUGCUGCAGGUCUGCUGCUAAAUGCUGAUGACAAAACAGGGAUGGAAAGAACUUUCCUCUGCUUGUUUCCUCUGCCAGUUGGCUUCAUGUCCAAGACCUUUUCACCUCUUUUCUCAAUCUGUUUGAUGGGUUCUUGGGGCUGAACUUAGGUCCUGAGUAUAGCCUAGUCCUUUUGUUUAGAGGGAAGUAUCUUUAUUCCUCGUGUUACAUGAAAGUAAUCACUCGGCCUUGCUAUCACCCCCC